CCCAGCGAGGCCCGUCAUCAUGGAGUCGUGCCUGUGCCUGUGCCUGUGCUUGGCUUUGUUCGCGGUGUUCGGUGACCUGGUGAGCUGCGCCGGGGCGCGACAGAGCGACGCAGUCCUCGCCGCCCCUCCCGCCGGACACGCGACCGACUCACUGCGAGUCGACGGCGAGCUCGAAGAGGCCAGUGCAGUGCGUCGCGACUCCUCCAACCACGCCAGCAACCGUCCAGCAACGCACGGCAGGAUCCUCAAGUUCACAAUACCGGAGCUCGUCGAGUUCUUGAAGCCGGUGAUGUUGUACUUCGCGGACAACUACCCGGGAGGUGGAGGCAUCUUCAGCAACUGGUUUGGAUACGCCCCUGUUUCCGGAGCAGUGACUAUUGCGAACAACUCUAACAACGCUAAUUACAGUAGCCAGCCACAACUACGAGACAAAGUAUUAAAGUAAAUCCCGCGACCUGUCUGAUACUGCUUCAGGGAAAUGCACAUAGCAAUAGGAUAGCUAGAAUCAACGAAGUGACAGAAUAAUAAACUCAUCAUGUGAAUAACUUUACAAUAUAGUUUAUUGCAUUUCCGUUUGUUAUCUUUGAAGCCAUUUUCGAAGCAUAAAUUUUAUUCUAUUACCUAUUUUCUUGCUCUUGUAUAAAUUUUGACACAUAAGUUUUAAGAGCAGCAAUGGAAAACCUGGAGAUAAACAUUGCAUUUCAUGAGGAUUGAUUUGUUUGAGGGGGAGCUAAAACCGUUGGUGAAUAUCAAGAAAUAUAAUUCGGAAUAAGCAGCCUUCGGUGUUGCGGCACUGACUUUGAAGUCUUUCCGUAUAUGCUGCCGUCUUCCUUAUACUUUCUCGAUCAGCGUAUGAUCUACAUGUGCUUUUAUCCCCUUCGUCAAUUCAAAAGUAUAAAAUGUAGACCCCCCCUGAUCAAGUCCAUUUUACUUGGAUUUGAAUUAGAUCGACAUGUCGCAACAAAGAAAUACAUUUUCAGUCCUUAUUCAGUAGUCGGUCUGAUGAUGUUUCAUGCAAUACCCUAUAAAUUUUAUCUGGCAGCAGUUUCUUUUACUUACAAAUUGGCUUGAGCAAACUUACUUACUCUAUGCUACUCUUUUACCUGAAAAAAAAUAUUAAGGUUCAAGUUUUUUGCUUAAACUAAACAAAUUAAUGUUAUUAAUUUAUUAUUAUUCAUAAAAAUGCUGUGACGAUGUCACAAGAGCAUCUCUGUAGACAUAAUCAUCAGGACUGCCCGAGUAUGCAAUGCGUCGUACACUCCGGAUAUGCGGGCAGUCUGCGUUCCCUGAUGUUUGAGACAGGUGGAGGGGAGGUUACCUCACCCGUCCCGAGGUGCGGCAGCCUUUCCCCGCUGGAUGUCGUCAACUGGGGGCGCGCGGAUUGGCUGAGGCGGUCGAAUCAUGUCAUCGGACAUGACCUCUUGGGCCUCGAGAGAAUAAACAUACAUUUGCAUCUUUAAGCCUGCUCUCAAAGGGUUAUAUGCUAUCAAAAUAUCGUACAUUUUAAUGUUUACAUUUGUUUCGGGGUAAGAUUGUUUUUAUUUAAUUAUUUAUUAUAUUUGCAAGAGGGUUUGGCACCUUCCGCCACCUCUUGAAUAAGUAUAUUUUAGUUGUACUUUAGCAGCGCACUUAGACCAUCAUUCGGUCCUUGUGACUCUUGACAACCCCCCCCCCCCCCCUUUUUUUCCCCAAAGUUUGCCUGUAAUGAAGCAACUUGCUGAUGUACCAACAAGUCUUAAUACUAUGAGUUAAUUCUGGUUAAGUGUCAUCAUUGUGACAUCCUGAUAGUCACUUUGGUGGAUGUAUGGGUAAUAUACUGGCGAAGAUGUAAAUUAUUACUGGUACCUUAUUGCAACCUAUUUGCUAGUGAAAAACCAUAGAAGCCUCUUCAAGUAAUAGCGGAUGAUUUUAGAUACAGAUUUUCUUCAAAAUUAUUUCAAUAAAUGUUAAACACCUUUAAAAUUAUCCUCAUGCAAGCUCAACAAAAGUCAUAUUAAAAACGUUUGUAAUAUUAGAUUUUCAACUACUGCACCCUGAAUAAAUCAAGUUUUCUAAAAUAAUAUAUGAAUAUUCAUUCAAAUAUAUACCAAAUUAAAAUAUUAAAGAAAAUUCUUUCUCGCUAUAAUUGGCUUUAUUUUAAUUACCAUAAAUUAACGUUCUGAAACUGAAACCAUCAACUUACUGAUUUAAUUACUAAAAAAUCAUAGGUGACCUAAUUUCUGGUCAGAACUGAUAGUGAACAGAGAGUGUACCACUUAUGACCACUUUUCAAGUAAUACUUUUCCUAACAUUCAUUUUAAAAUUUAUAAUUCCUAAAGAAUUGCUAAGAAUUUUCAUCAUUAAAAUUAUUUUUCAAUUUGUAAUAUUUUUGUACUAUUCUCUGAAAAUAGAUAAUAACAAACUGUUUAAUAACAAUACAUACGAAAAUGUUUAAAUAUGUUUUAAAAUAAGUAUAUUUUGUAUUAAUUUAAAAAAUCUAAAUACUGCAUUUUUUUUUUUUUUUUGAGUUUAUAAGCUUGUAAAAUUCUCUUAGUUAAUAAGUUAUGCUUUUGUAUGGAGUGUUUAACAAUAAAAUCAUAUUUCAAACCUAUGUA